AUUCCGCUGAUAGCUUAUCGUGAACGAUCGCAAGGGGUUGCGUGAUUCGAGCCUCAUAGCGUACUAAAUCAUGUACGUAGACGCAUAGAUCCACGUAUAGGCCGACAUGCCCCCUGGAUUCCCGAGAAGGAAUAGUUAGUUAUCUGGUCUGUUUGGUCUAUUACUUCAUAAGAUAGAUUCACUAUUCACUACCGUUCACUAGCCCAUCCCUCCACGAGUACAGCUCACUCGAAGAAACGGGACCCUUGCUGCGUAUAGCCAAGACCAUUAUGGCAGCUGUUCUAGCAGCCAAUCAUUCCCGCAUAUGGCUAACGCUAUCGCUGCUGCUCUUCCUCUCGAUCCUUACGGGACCCGUCGGGGCCCAAGACCCGACACCUACCAUAGUCUCCGUGUUUUUACCGUCCUACGGACCGACAGACUGGGCCGCGCUACGAGGCAGCAUACUCUCUCGCAACGACGCUGAAACUACUUACACCAUCUUCUGCGCUCCGGACCAGAGCCACAGUUGCAAUAUCGGCGGCGGCACCUUGCUCCCGUUCACGUUCGCCGAAGGGCCUUCAACGUACCACUACGAACGGACAAUCGAUUCUACAAUCUCCAUAACCCAAGCCUGUCUCCUAUCCGACACCACCGCCGCCACCUGCAGCGGCUCCACUUCCCUCGGCUCGAUUACUCUUGGCCCCCUAUCCGGGCCUAGCUCGACCUCCGUCGCGCCUUUCACGCUGACAGGCGCUUCCGUCCGCUGGGGCGCCCUCACGCUCGCCGCGCCCCCGCUCACGAGCACCGCGAGUGGCCUGACAUUCACGUACUACGGCUCCGGCGCGCCGGAGUCCACUGCUAGUAGCGACGCGGUUGCGACGGCGACGAUGACGAUGGACAACGAGAGCGCGACCGGUACUUCCUCGGCGCAACCUGGGACUACUAGUGGUGCCGGGAGCUUGAGAUGGAGAUGUAGUGGAAGCGAAACCGGUGUUACUGUCGGGUUCUUGGUAGCAAUUUUGGUUUGUGUCCUGCUGUGGUAAACUUGACCGAUGCGAGGAAGCUGGAACUGCUUUAUAUGAUCCAGGCUCGUUUGGCGUGCAGUCGUCUCAUGUUGCUAAUUGCUACGGGAACUGCAUUGAUUAAUUGGAAUCCGUUUCGUUAGAGGGCGAAGAGCUUCCAAGUCCAGGACAGAGGUAGCGCCCUUGAUAAAUGUGAGAAAAGGGGUUGGGGAGUAUCCUGACUCGGCUUCUGGUCGUGGUACAGCUAAUAAAUAUAUAAUUAUAAGCCAUUGAUUACCUGUAUAGAGACGAAGAGGAUGAUCCAAGAAACAAAACAGAGCAGUGGAUGACAAAUGAUAUAGGCGUUAUUCCUUAUGAUAUUAUAACAUAUAGUAAAUGUCUAGGCCUCUAGACAUACUCUAUAUGAUAUGUCAUGC